AUGGCGCUCUCCGCGCUCCGCGCCGUGGCCUGCGCGAGUGCGCUCGGCGCCUCCGCGGUGUCGCUGUCGCAGCCAGAGGGGCUGAGCCUGGGCCAGGGCACCGAGGAGAACCCGCUCCGCACUGCGGCGGAGCGGCUCAUUGGCGCUGCCAGGGGCCGCUCCGAAGCGAAGGACCGGGGCGGCAGGCAGGGUCCUAGGCUGGUGCCGGCGGGGAACAGGACCCGGUGGAUGGGCGGCGGAGCCGAGAAGGAGGUAGAAGAAGUCCAGGGUGGCCCGGUCCUGCCAGCGGACCUCGCGAUGUGGAAGCGCGGCCCUCUGAGCUCGGAUGCCAGGGAUUUCCACCACGCAGAUGUCAGGAGCCUCGUCGGCAAUUACAGCCUGAGCAUCACCACGUUCAGCAGCUUGGAAGACAAGAGUAUCUCUGGUGAGCUUCUUGCCGGGAACGGCUGGGAGACGAACCGCGUCUCGAAGCUGUGCCGCGUGUACCGAGAGAACGGCGCCGUCGGCAAUUUCCUCGACGUCGGCGCGAACAUCGGCACCUACACCAUGCCGCUGGCGGACUGCCUUCGGGGCAGCGGCCGGGUGUUUUCCGUGGAGGGUAUGCCGCCGACGGCAGACCACCUCGUCCAGGGUAUCAGGGACAACAAGCUGGAUAACGUUGACGUCUACACGUACGCCGUGGGCGCGCCCAGCGAUCCGAGUAACGUGACGCUGUGCUUCAACCCUGUCAACAAGGGCGGCACCACCGUCAAGGGCGUCAAGCCGUUCACUGAGAUGAGCGACGCCCAGUUGCAGGAUCUGUUCCACCCGAACAAGAAAAAGAGACAGCAGAAUCGUACAGAGAAUGUAAGUGUCGUUGAGUUCCGCGUGCCUCUGACUACCGGCGACCGCAUGCUCAAGCACAAUCCAGGGAUGAAGGCCCUCAUGAUGGCCAAAGUCGAUAUCGAGGGUUACGAGGGCCACUUCCUCAAGGGCUCCCAGCGCCUCUUCUCCAAAUACCCCCCGUGCGUCUUGACCAUCGAGAUGUUUCCGGAGUGGCUGGAGGCUGCCGGCACCCCGCCGAUUGACAUCCUCGUUCUAUUGGACACGUGGGGCUACAAGGACGUCCCCACCGACGACGGGCUCUCGAAGCUGAAAACCCAGGGCAGGACCCUGACCAUCCAGCAGGCGGACAUGGAGACGUGCGUGGCGCGCGUGCGAAAGUACGCUGGCCCAGAGGACCCGGACGUCGAGGAGGCCCGCAUGGAGGAGGUUGCACGGGCGAGCGCCACGGAAAUCCCCCGUCCAGAGGCAAAGGAGAAGCGUGGACUCUUGACCCGGGCGCGGGACAUGCUGCGCCCGCCCGCGAGGGCCGCCUGA